AUGGAGGAUAAUGAAGGCAUUCAAGACUACAUCUCUAGAGUUGUCACCAUUGUCAACCAAAUUCGGGGACUUGGUCACAAGCUACCACAAGUAGAGGUGGUGUCCAAGGUCCUUAGGAGUUUGGCUCCAAAGUUUGAUUUUGUUGUUGUGGCGAUUGAAGAAUCUAAGGAGAUAGAUAAGCUCACACUUGAUGAGCUUAGUGGGUCAUUGCAUGCUCAUGAUGUGAGGGUAAAUCGUGCCUCGUUUAAGCUUGGCGAAAGGGUUCUCCAUGUGAAGGGUAAAGCUACAAGCUCUAACCACGGCAAGGAGGGAAGCUCAGGAAGCUCUUGGGUGAUGGCAAAGGUCGUAGAAGGUCUUUCAUUGGCAGAAGGAGAAAAGGCAGAGUUUGGGCAUGUGAAAGCUAACUGUUGGGCAAGGGAUAAGCAGCCUAAGACGGAAGCAAAUUUGGUAGGAAAAGAGAAGGAAACAACCAAUCUCUUCAUGGCAAGUAGCUCUUCAGAAUCAGCAUCGUCUUCAAUCUGGUUGGUUGAUAAUGGAUGCUCAAAUCAUAUGACAGGCAAUAGAAAGCUGUUCAUGAGCUUCGAUGAAUCAUAG